GGUAAAUAUUUCACAUCCUUCUUCACAGCAGUGCUGUAUAGACUUGGGCUAAACACUGUAAACAUGUUCCUGAGAGGGAGCGUAGGAAUCUAGGGCACUGUCAUCUGGCCCCUUUUCUUCGAGCAGAAGCAGAGAUCUGUGGAUGGAGAGAGAGAGAGAUGGAGAGAGAGAGAGAGAGAGAGAGAGAGAGAGAGAGAGAGAGAGAGAGAGAGAGAGAGAGAGAGAGAGAGAGAGAGAGAGAGAGAGAGAGAGAGAGAGAGAGAGAGAGAGAGAUAUUUUGUGCUUUAUUGAGGCUGCUGGAGAAGACUAAUUCUUAAUACUCCGUUCAAGGAGCUAGACAAUCUCACAGGGACCUGUACUAUAAUACACAACCACACACACACACUUCAUACACUCUCUCAGCACCAUGUUGGAGGAGAGGAAGACCAAGGUGAAGAUCACGUUCUUCGUCAUCCUGGUGGGCAUCUCCUGCAUGCUGGCUGCCAUGGCGACGGACCACUGGACUGUACUGAGCCCGCCGUUCGACAAGUUCAACGCCACCUGUGAGACGGCCCACUUUGGCCUCUGGAAGCUCUGCAUGAAGACCAUCUUCAUGGUGGAGGAGGACCCUGAGGGCCAGGGCUGUGGCCCCAUCAGUCUGCCCGGAGCCAAGAACUGCUCCUACUUCAAACACUUCACUAAGGAAGAAGAGGCCAAAGGGUUCGAAGCCAAAACUCAGAAAGAGUACAACCUCUCAGCAGCGGCCAUUGCUGUGUUCAGCCUGGCCUUCAUGACCCUGGGGUUGCUGUGUGUCGUGUGCUCCUUCGGGAAGGGGAGGGACUACCUGCUGAGGCCUGCUGGGAUGUUCUUUGCCUUCGCAGGUCUCUGCAUCAUCAUCUCUGUUGAGGUGAUGCGGAACUCCACCAAGCGGAUGAUUGACAGCGAGGAGACCGUCUGGGAACAGUACUACUACUCCUGGUCAUUUGAAUGUGCCUGCACCUCCUUCGUCCUCCUGGUCUUCAGUGGUCUCAGCCUGUUGAUCAUCUCCAUGCCUCAGAUGCCACGCAACCCCUGGGAGACCUGUAUGGACGCAGAGCCAGACUCCAUGGAGCCCUUAGACGAGUAGUAGAUCAGAUUAGACCUGCCCAGAUCAACCCCUGGGAGACCUGUAUGGACGCAGAGCCAGACUCCAUGGAGCCCUUAGACGAGUAGUAGAUCAGAUUAGACCUGCCCAGAUCA